GGCCAUGGGGAAAAAAAACAACGAGGUGCGCCGGGUUUGCUUCCCGUUGGAGUCGGUCUUGGAGAUCGUAGAUUUGGAGGAGCAGAUUACGCCGGAGAGGAGCAAAGAUUAUACCUCCCAAGUGUCUGCCCUCCUCGGCCAAGCGGCUUUAACUAAGUCUAUAAAAAAAAUAUUCUCCGAAGGUGUCAUUGAGAGCCACAAUAUGGACGGCAAAAACGGGAAGUUGAGCCUUCGGACAUACCCGAAAGUUUUGAAUAUGAUAAUGGAGGCAGUUCGAACGAUACAUCCGGGGCAGCCAGCGGAAGGAGCGCUUCGAAGUGCACUGGCUUGCGCAAAAAAUACGGCCAACAAGGCAAAAAACCGCAAGCUAAGGGAGGAGGCCAAUAUUUGAUAUAUUUAAAAAUUAG